AUGCCCCAGACGCAAGCAAUGAUGGUAAAAGUAGCGACAUUGUGCAAUCGACAUGCGUUUAUACUCACCCCAACGGUUACUCGUUACGGUGGUUGGUUCUCGGAGAUAAAUGUGCUUGUUCAAACGUUGAGAUGUGCCAACGCUUUCAUGGGCGAGUCACUGGUAUUGGUUUUGGAAACAUUACGGAUAUCAACUUGGAUCGGAUUAUCGUGGAGCUCAAGCAACAACGGCGUUAGCUUGUUCGAAAUUUCAAAUGAUCUUAGGAUUCCGUUCACCGAAGGCGAUGAUGGCUCGCUUAUAACGCUCACUAAGCGAUACAGAUACACCCCGACAAAUAAUAUUUAUGGCUACGAUUACAACUCUUCACCUUCGUCAUCAUCUGAUGCGGCGAGACUUGUCUUGAACCCGAACUACGCUUAUCUCAACGAUGCACUUUCAGAAGGCUAUGCCAAGAAUUACGUUCAGGCAGAGAUGGCGUACAGCCAAGGCGGUCAAGUUGGCGGUCAAGAUUACCAAGCAUUACGACGCUGUUCCUGCGCAAUCAGCCAUUUUGAGCAACGACCAGCAGCAGAUGCUCAGAAUUAUCAGCAAAUUCGACAGACUUACACAACUGUGAACACUUUCACCAGUUCAACGCCAGUGCAGGCUCCUUAUCAGAGUGUAGUCGAUUUGAAGACGACUAGACUUCGUGAUCCUUCAACUUUGGUCUAUUACUCGGAUGUUCCUUCCACUUCGAAUGCUGCAGCGAUGAACGCUACCAGCGGUCAAUCAUAUACUGGUAAUACAGUUCAAACGUAUACUGGUGAUACAAUCCGUGCUCAGUACAAGAUCCCUACUGGUGUGAUUACUAUGUGA